AUGGAAAACAAAACUGGUAGAUCAGAGUUUAUUUUCUUGGGACUUUCCAGCGAUCCUCAGCUACAGAUGUUCUUGUUCGUGGUAUUUCUUACCAUUUACUUGAUAACACUCUCUGGAAACAUCAUCAUCAUACUAGUGAUAAGAAUGGACCCUUUUCUUUACUCACCAAUGUAUUAUUUUCUGUCUCAUUUGUCUUUUGUGGACAUCUGUUACUCUACUGACAUUGUCCCUAAGAUGUUGGCAAACAUGCUUAUGAAUCAAAAUACUAUCUCUUCUACUGGCUGCCUAACACAAAUGUUUUUCAGCCUUCUGCUGAGUGUUACAGAGGUCUUUAUUCUUUCAGCAAUGGCUUAUGACAGAUACACAGCUGUGUGUCACCCACUUCACUACAUAGUGGUCAUGAAGAAAUCCAUAUGCAAUUACCUGGUGAUGGGUUCAUGGUUAAUGGGCUUGUCGUUUGCAGUAGUAAAUACAAUGCCUACAUUCAAUGUACAGUUCUGUGACCUUCAUGAAAUCAAACACUUCAGCUGUGAGCUUCCACCACUGUUGAAAACAGCUAGUUCUGACACCUUCCUCAAUAAUAUAAUACUUUAUUCUUCUGUUAUCAUUUUUGGGCUUGGUUCCUUCCUACCAACCUUGGUGUCCUAUAUUCACAUCAUCUCCACCAUUCUGAAGAUCCGCUCAACAGAUGGCCGGAAAAAGGCCUUCUCUACCUGUAGUUCUCACCUCAUUGUGGUUGGUUUACUAUAUGUGACAGGAAUGUCCCAGUACAUGAAACCCAGCAGCAUCUCUUCGGUGGCACUAGAUGAACUUUUCUCUGUUCAAUAUAGCAUUCUGACUCCUAUGCUGAAUCCAAUUAUCUACAGUCUGAAAAAUAAAGAAGUGAAGAGAGCACUUGGAAGAAUGUUUGGGAAAAAGUAG